UAUAUUUGCUUUUACUCACUGCUCAGGUUUGAUCUCGUCUCGCUCAGUUCGAACUAAGUUCGAACAAGUUCGAUGAGCUUGUGMUCACUUUCAUAUGCAUAAAAACAAGCUUUUGCUCUUUUUUGUGAGCUCUUGCUCAAAUUUUGUUGAGCAUGCCUAUAGUUGACUCGCGUACACUAAAAAGGAAUCAUGGCUGAAUAUUUUGUGCCACAAAGAAAUACAAAAUAUUAUCAAYAGCGUAAAACAAAUUUAGCAAGUGAGGAUAAAAAAUUAUACAGGUUURAUGACAGUAGCAUCAGCUGGUUGGCUAAUUAUUUCUUUGAGGAUUCAGAAGAAACACGUGGUGGUGCCCUCAAUAACAUUGAUAAAAUUCGACUGUAUUUAAGAUUUUGUGCAGAUCCUGGAUUUCAAAAUGGUAUAUCURCAGAUAUUGGUGUCCAUCAAUCAACUGUGUCCCGAACUAUUGCGGAGGUUGCGAAACUUAUAUCUUCCAAAGCAAGCGRGUGGAUAAAAUUCCCGAAAGAUGGAGAUGAAAUAAAAGAUGCUCAAAGGAAAUGGCAAGCAAAUUAUUGCUUUCCAUUUGCAAUUGGAGUGAUUGAUUGUACUCAUAUAAAAAUAAAAAAACCCACAAAUCAAAGCGAUGAGUAUAUUUGUAGAAAAGGCUUCCACUCUAUAAAUGUGCAGGCAACUUGUGAUGGAAAAGAACUUUUUACAAGCGUUGAUAUAUCCUGGCCUGGUUCAGUUCAUGACUCACGCAUCUUACGAAACAGCGAGGUAUGUAGVAUAAUGCAAAAUGCAACGAACGAUGCAUUACUUCUCGGUGAUGAGGGCUAUGGAAUAUGU